AGUUAUUUAGGUAUUAGUUUUGUGGCCACGCCUAUAUGCAGAUAUAAAGUACUGAUGAAAAUCUGAGAUCUCACGCAUUUUCAGUAUUCCAGUGAUGUCUAGUCUGUCUGCUACUGUGACCUAUUAUGAUCACUUUCAUCGUCCUCGUAUUGACCUGACGAAGUCGCGUUAUGAUCAGAAAGCGUUCUUGGGACGAGCUCGUCAUUUCUUCCUCACUACAGAUCCUCGCAAUUUAGUUGCUACAAGCAAACAACUGGAUGAUGCGAAGCAACUGUUGCAACAAUACAAGUCUGGGAUGGAACCAAGUGGCACAACGGAUGAUGAUGUCUGGAAUGCUAAGAGGUUAUAUGAUUCUGCCUUUCAUCCUGAGACUGGAGAGAAGAUGUUCGUAAUGGGGAGAAUGUCAGCUCAAGUUCCUUGCAACAUGACCAUCACAGGAUGCAUGCUUACCUUCUACAGGUCUACUCCGGCCAUUCUGUUCUGGCAAUGGAUCAACCAAUCAUUCAAUGCCAUUGUGAACUAUACCAAUCGAAGUGGUGACACAGGAGUAUCAAACAGACAGCUGCUGUCUGCUUAUGUAGCUGCUACAGGUGGUGCUAUUGCUGCAGCUUUAGGAGUCAGUUAUACAGCGAAAAAAGCACCGCCGAUUGUUGCUCGAUUGGGUCCGUUUGCUGCAGUGGCAGCUGCAAACUGCAUCAACAUACCGAUGAUGAGAAGAAGAGAACUUGAAAGUGGCAUCAACGUAUUUGACGAAGACGGAAACGAACUUGGCAAGUCAAAAAUUGCUGCCAGGAAAGCCAUCACUCAAGUUGUCGUCUCCAGGGUUGGCAUGGCAACACCUGGAAUGGUGCUUGUCCCUGUUGUAAUCAACUUCCUUGCAAGAUUUCGAUGGUAUGCGCGAUACGCUCGCUUCAUUGAGGCUCCUAUCCAAACUCUAGGAGUGGGAUUUUUUCUUGUAUUUGCCACUCCACUGUGUUGUGCUCUCUUUCCACAGCAAAGUUCCCUCCCAGUCAGUCAAUUAGAGCAGGAACUACAAGAGCACAUUGCAGCCACCAGCCAAUCAACAACUAAAGUCUACUUUAACAAAGGACUGUGACGUGUUACUAGAAUGUGAUUGAUAUCAACACUUAUGAGUUAUAUAGUUUAUAAUUUUUUCUUCUAUUUACUGACCAUUUGUCUUGUAGUAUUUAUGCUUAUGUUGAAGUCACCCAAUCAGUAUGUA